GAGCUAUAAUGAUGAUGAGAUUCUAACGUGUAUCGAUGGUGUGCGGUUCCUCAAUGUAAUAAUACAUCGAUAAAGACUCCGAAUAAGUUGUUCAUUAAUGUUCCAAUAACUAAAAAAGUGAGAAAUACAUGGCUAAAUCUUGCAAGGCGAGACGAGACCCAGUUAUUAUAUCGCCAAAUUCAGUACUUUAUUUCUGUGAAGACUAUUUUGAUUUACCAAAUGAUAUGGAAAAUUAUAUGGAAUAUCAUGUGAUGGGUUCAGUUUCACAAGUCCGUAUGAGGUCAGGGUGUACUCCCACAAGAUUUGAAUGCCAACCAGACAGAAGAAAACGAACUUCAACAGAGCGUCCUUAUGUUCUUAAAAAGCAACGGAAAAUAUUAAUCGAAGAUAGUGUAAAAGGUUUAGCUGAGGAAAGUACACCGACAAUUUGUUUAGAAGUCGCUGGCAGUUCAUCUGAUCAUUCAGUUUUGCACACAAUCGAAGAGCAUCAAGAAGAGCCUAAAACCCGGCCGAAAUUGGUUGAUAAAUCAGUACAAGUAUACAUUGGAAAAAAAUUUAGAAGCAAAGCAGUCCAGACAGAAAUGAAAUUAGUAAACCAGUUGACAUCACCAAUGAAACCCGAUUGCUGUGGCUAUGGAGGAAGAGUAACUGAUACAAGCUUGGUUGAAUCAUGUGAUUUUAUCAGGUAUCUACAGCCUGGUAUGUGUGUGAUGGCAGACAGAGGUUUCAAACAUGUCGAACAAUACUUACGUAAGGAGGGUAUAAAACUUGUACGACCCCCAAGUGUUGUCACUGGAGCUAAGUUGUCUAAAGGCGAGGUCAAAGAAACCAAGCAGAUAGCUAGUUUAAGAAUCCAUAUUGAAAGGGUAAUUAGACGUUUAAGGGAAUUUAAUAUGUUAAAACCCCAUGCAUGUGUAAAUUUACAUCUUGUUAAAGCACUUGAUGAAGUUAUUGUGAUUGCAUGUGCUCUUAUAAAUUUACAAGACUCUCUUAUUAAAUAUAUCUAUAAAAUUAUAAUUUGUGCAUUUUAUUUACAUAUUACAAUGUACUUUCAUACAACACUGGAUAUACUUUUUCUUUCCACUGAUUUGUUAACUGUUUAAGAACGAGUUCGAACGAUUUAUUUACUAAUGAUAAAAUGAUGUUUACAAAACCGUGACGUCACACGCUUCUGAUUGGCGUUUCACCUAAUAUGGCGGAUUGAC